UCCAUUGGAUUGUAUGUAUACUCAAAGCGAUUUUAAACAUGGUCUAGACUGGGGUUAAUAUUUUAAAAUUCACAUCCACAUUAAAAAUAUACAUUCGACAUCUUAGAGCGGAUAAGGUGAGAUCUAUGUUCCAGCUGAUUGUUCAAAAUCUUGAGUCCAACAUCCCAGACCGGAUCAGGUGAGACCUCUGAUCUUGACCGUUUUUUCGAAAUCCCAAAUCCAACAUCCCAAACCGGAUUGGAUGAGACCUCUAAUCCGUAUCAUAUAUAUAUUCAAAAUCUUGAAUCCAACAUCCCAGACCAGAUCAGGUGAGACCUCUGAUCUUGACCAUUGGUCGAAAUCCCAAAUCCAACAUCCCAAACCGGAUUGGAUGAGACCUCUAAUCCGUAUCACAUAUAUAAGUUUAAAAUCCAACGUCCUAGACCAUUUAAGAUCAGACUUCUAUUUUAAAUCUUAGGAUGUUAUCCCAAAUUCCAUUUGGCAAGCCGGACUAGAUCGGACCUCUCAUCUAUCUCUUAUAUCAAAAUUUCAAAUCCCGUCUCAUAUAUUUGGUCACAUGAAACGGAUGGGUGGCUUUUUGAUUUCCUGUAAAUUCUUUUCACAUCCCUUAGGAGUUUUUGAAAUCACUUGAAGAAUAUUACUUUGUCUAUAUAGAUCAUCGAAUCUUCUCAAUUCCUUGUAUUUGAUUUAAAAUAUUUCCUAAAUGCUUGUCAAAUUCUCAAAGUUUUUCAAUGCACUUUUCCAUUUUGAUGUUUGUUGGUUAUAGUGGAUUGAAUGAAUUUUUAAAAUGAUUUUAAGCGUGGUGUAAAGUGGAGGUUCGAGUUUUAAAGUUCAAAAUCCAAUCAACUAGACCUCCAAUCAGAAGCUUUGGUCUAAAUCCUGCAUGCAACAUGCUAGACCGGAUCAGUGCUGACCUCUGAUUCAAACAUUAGCUCCGAAUCCCUAAUUCAACACCUCAUACCAGAUCAGAUUAGACCUCUGAUCUAUUUCUUAGAUGCAAACCCUAAAUCAAACGUCAUAGAACCGAUACAAAUGGUUUAUGAAUCUUUGAAAUCGUUUCCUGUUUUAUAAAUCUUUGAAACCACUCUCUAAGUUUUCCAAAAUUUUGUAAAUUGACAUCAAAUUCUUAUUAUUGAUUUUCUUGGAAUUUUCUCAAUUUCACCAGAGAUCUUCAAUUUUUUUGGAUUUGAUUUCGCACUUCUCUUAAAUCAUUGCUAAAUUCUCAAGUUUGUAAAUGCACCUUUCAACUUUUAGGUUUCUAAAUUCCAUUGGAUUGUAUGUAUACUCAAAGCGAUUUUAAACAUGGUCUAGACUGGGGUUAAUAUUUUAAAAUUCACAUCCACAUUAAAAAUAUACAUUCGACAUCUUAGAGCGGAUAAGGUGAGAUCUAUGUUCCAGCUGGUUGUUCAAAAUCUUGAGUCCAACAUCCCAGACCGGAUCAGGUGAGACCUCUGAUCUUGACCGUUUUUUCGAAAUCCCAAAUCCAACAUCCCAAACCGGAUUGGAUGAGACCUCUAAUCCGUAUCAUAUAUAUAUUCAAAAUCUUGAAUCCAACAUCCCAGACCAGAUCAGGUGAGACCUCUGAUCUUGACCAUUGGUCGAAAUCCCAAAUCCAACAUCCCAAACCGGAUUGGAUGAGACCUCUAAUCCGUAUCACAUAUAUAAGUUUAAAAUCCAACGUCCUAGACCAUUUAAGAUCAGACUUCUAUUUUAAAUCUUAGGAUGUUAUCCCAAAUUCCAUUUGGCAAGCCGGACUAGAUCGGACCUCUCAUCUAUCUCUUAUAUCAAAAUUUCAAAUCCCGUCUCAUAUAUUUGGUCACAUGAAACGGAUGGGUGGCUUUUUGAUUUCCUGUAAAUUCUUUUCACAUCCCUUAGGAGUUUUUGAAAUCACUUGAAGAAUAUUACUUUGUCUAUAUAGAUCAUCGAAUCUUCUCAAUUCCUUGUAUUUGAUUUAAAAUAUUUCCUAAAUGCUUGUCAAAUUCUCAAAGUUUUUCAAUGCACUUUUCCAUUUUGAUGUUUGUUGGUUAUAGUGGAUUGAAUGAAUUUUUAAAAUGAUUUUAAGCGUGGUGUAAAGUGGAGGUUCGAGUUUUAAAGUUCAAAAUCCAAUCAACUAGACCUCCAAUCGGAAGCUUUGGUCUAAAUCCUGCAUGCAACAUGCUAGACCGGAUCAGUGCUGACCUCUGAUUCAAACAUUAGCUCCGAAUCCCUAAUUCAACACCUCAUACCAGAUCAGAUUAGACCUCUGAUCUAUUUCUUAGAUGCAAACCCUAAAUCAAACGUCAUAGAACCGAUACAAAUGGUUUAUGAAUCUUUGAAAUCGUUUCCUGUUUUAUAAAUCUUUGAAACCACUCUCUAAGUUUUCCAAAAUUUUGUAAAUUGACAUCAAAUUCUUAUUAUUGAUUUUCUUGGAAUUUUCUCAAUUUCACCAGAGAUCUUCAAUUUUUUUGGAUUUGAUUUCGCACUUCUCUUAAAUCAUUGCUAAAUUCUCAAGUUUGUAAAUGUACCUUUCAACUUUUAGGUUUCUAAAUUCCAUUGGAUUGUAUGUAUACUCAAAGCGAUUUUAAACAUGGUCUAGAUUGGGGUUAAUAUUUUAAAAUUCACAUCCACAUUAAAAAUAUACAUUCGACAUCUUAGAGCGGAUAAGGUGAGAUCUAUGUUCCAGCUGGUUGUUCAAAAUCUUGAGUCCAACAUCCCAGACCGGAUCAGGUGAGACCUCUGAUCUUGACCGUUUUUUCGAAAUCCCAAAUCCAACAUCCCAAACCGGAUUGGAUGAGACCUCUAAUCCGUAUCAUAUAUAUAUUCAAAAUCUUGAAUCCAACAUCCCUGACUAGAUCAGGUGAGACCUCUGAUCUUGACCAUUGGUCGAAAUCCCAAAUCCAACAUCCCAAACCGGAUUGGAUGAGACCUCUAAUCCGUAUCACAUAUAUAAGUUUAAAAUCCAACGUCCUAGACCAUUUAAGAUCAGACUUCUAUUUUAAAUCUUAGGAUGUUAUCCCAAAUUCCAUUUGGCAAGCCGGACUAGAUCGGACCUCUCAUCUAUCUCUUAUAUCAGAAUUUCAAAUCCCGUCUCAUAUAUUUGGUCACAUGAAACGGAUGGGUGGCUUUUUGAUUUCCUGUAAAUUCUUUUCACAUCCCUUAGGAGUUUUUGAAAUCACUUGAAGAAUAUUACUUUGUCUAUAUAGAUCAUCGAAUCUUCUCAAUUCCUUGUAUUUGAUUUAAAAUCAGGAAUUUAAGCUGCACAUAAUUAGUUUGACUUGGAGAUGUUUCCUUGAUCCCUUUUUCAGUGCUAAAACUUGAGUUGAUUGUAGAAACAUUAGCUUUGGUUAUUCACAUGUAAGCCGAUUAGUGGGUCAAGGUCUAAUUUGAUUUAAGUUCCAUAUGGAAAUAAUUGGUUAUCUACAACAACAUUGUGAUGCUUGGGGUUAUUUGGGGCAUUGUAUUUUGGUAUCAUAAAAAUGAGACCUUAGCUUACGAUGCUUCCUUUUUUACUGAUGUUUUAUCCUUCUUUUUGUGCUUUUAGUGUUUUUUGAUAGAAGAACUUAACUCAAACCAUUUGUGAAACUUUCAAUCAGUUGAAUACCCAACUUUUCUGGAACCCGUCACCCUUAAACCAACCUUUUAUAUAGAAGACCCUACUUUUAUGGGAUAUUUGGUGAAGUUCAUUCCUUUAACCAGCCAAGUUUUACAUUCAACCAUCUCUUUAAGAGUACAGUUCCUUUCUCCUGGUGAUAUGUCAUUUGAUGUCAAGAACUUUUGUAAAAUAUAAACUUUUUAGUUCUGAUAAAAACAUUUUGGAAGUGUUUUCUCACACAAUGAUGUGCCUUGAUUUAUUCUUAGUACCUUUCAAGUGAAAGGUAGAAAUUUCAAGUUCUUGUUGUCCAUCAACGGAAGAGGAAAAUUGAAAAAAAUCCUGGAUUUGAGCAUUGAAGAAAAAUCCUAUGAAGUUGAAAAAGUCAAGACUAGGAAAUGCUAUUGACUCUGGCGAUCAAGCGUCUGCAAGGAUUUAGCAAGAAAAUAUCUUGACGGAGAAGCCAAAAUGCUCUAUAAGAUCUUGGCAUGUAGCAAAAUGAGAGUUGAGAGAUGGGCUCGGGGCUUGUGUAGUUGUUCCUCUGAGUCAAUAAUCGAGAGUACCGGGUAGGCAUAAAGGUGAUUUAUGUCUAUUUUGCGAAGAUAAUGACUUACGAACUUUUGGCUCGUUCAAAACCUGUAAGGUGAAGCGGGUUGGACAUGUGACAAAGCUAUAUAUAACCACCAAAGCGGUGGAGCUUCGUAGUAGCCUUUGGGGUGGUGAGGUAUUCCCUCAAAGGUGAAGGUCGGCCCAAAAAAAAAAAAAUCAAACACAAGAAAAAAGAUUGAAAGGCAAAAAGCCAAAUGCAAAAGAAAAAAAUGAAGAAAAAACAAGAAAAAAACAAAAUGUGCCUGCCAAGAGAUGAAAUACAUGAAGGCUGAACUCGCAAGAAUUGGAUGCGACAAUCUUUCGUGGAUGUACGAUUUUGGGGUCAAUAUCUGCUCCUUUUUUUUAUUAUCUAGGAUGUCGAGGAUGAUUCCUUUUUAUUCAUAUUCUGGAAAUUGAAAGACAUUCCCUCUAGAGAUUGGACAACAUUGAUGCGAAAUAAAACCUAAUGUUUGUAUGGUACUGAAAGUACACCAAGGUUAUAUUAUUUGCACAACACGAGCACUCAAGCCUAUGAGUUGAAUUGAUCAUUUUUGAACUAUUUCGAAAUUCAAAGUAAAAACUUGACGUCUCUUGUAUGUUUCCAGGCUUCCUAGGCAUAGUAAAAACUAACCAAUCCCCCUUUGGUCUUAAAAUUUUUUGCCCAUUUCAUUACCAAAUUGCUGGUCCUUCCGUGAAAUAGAUGAAACCCCUCAAACCUAGUCCAACCUGAGCGUGAUGAAUUAUCCAUCAUUUCCUAUUUAGUCCAUCUUAACUGCAUAACCCAAACUUACUGUUUUUCUUUUCAAAAGCACUAGGUGAUAUUUUUCAAAAGUUCUUCGAAGUUGCAUAGCGGUAUGUCCUUGGCUUCACUUUUUUUUUUUGUGAGUUAUAUAAAUUUCAGCCGUUUCCUCUUUAUUCUUUGUUUCAUUCUAGCUGCAGUUAAAAUCUUUUUGGUAGUAUAGUUCCUGUAAUAAAAGGAUCAGCCGUAUUCUUAAACUGGCUCCACCCAUGUCUGUAUCCAUGCAUUUUUAUGUCAUCAAUUAGGGCUUUUUUUUUAUUCCUUUAGGGUGGUCCCUUUAUUUUAAUUUACAUGUGACUGGACAUGAUCCUGAAUUGUCUUUUGGUUGUCUUUUAUUUCCAAGAGGCGUCUACCCAGUAGAGGCAUGAUUUCUCAUUUUGGAUCUGAGAGCGUAUUUAGACAAUGCAGCUACGUCUCAAAAGCCAUAUGCUGUUUUGGAAGUUCUCCAUGAUUAUGUGAGUGAUACAACUCGAAUGGUCACCACAAUAUUCAUUACUUAAGGUAUCCCAACAUAACGCCCCAUGCCUACCCUUCUCUCUCUCUCUCGUCUGAUUGCUUGCUCACUCACAUCCAUGUUCAGAGUUGGACACCCACAAUGAUGCACUCUUCCUGUUUGCAAAGCAAGCAAGAAACUGUAUAUCAAGAAAGGAAAAAAAUAAGGGUAGUUCAUUGGGUGCAUGAUAAAUCAUUUGAUUUAAUCUUUUUUCAAUAAUUUUGUAUUGUGCAUUAUUUCAUUGUUUUAUUAUUUGGCAUAUUGUGUGGUAGGUAUUUGAAAAGACCCUGGAACCUCAGUGUCACCUGUCUUUUCUCAUUGUUUCUAGCAGCAGCAGUCCUUUCUCAUUGUUUCUAGCAGCAGCAGUCCGACCCAUAUAAGUGCUUAAUGUCCUAUACACUCAUUCAUGUUAAUAAUUUUCUAUAAUUAAUAUGUUACAAGUGAAAUUCAUUGGCAAUACUGUCGCGCGUAUCUUGUCUAUGUCAGGUGUAGUGGGCUAUGUCGAGAAUAUAAUCAGGGUCUCUCUAUCAGAUCUCAACAACCUGGAAUAGCUGCCACACCCCUAACUGUGCCUUUAUAAUUAGGCUGGUAAAGCAUCUAAUCAGGCUGGUAAAGCAUCUAUAUAAGCAUAUUGUGUCAUUAUUUAGUGAAGUGAUUGCAGCAUGAACUUAAACCAUGAGAAGAGAAUUCGUUUUGUUGAUACUCUAGCCAUCUAGAAUCUGCAAUACAGCAUCAAGCAUCAGAUGGAACAGACCUACACUCAAUGGUGCGGCUUUGCCGAACCAGAGCAAGUUGAUUAUCCAAACUUCAAACUGGUCAUUGUUGGUGAUGGCGGAACUGGCGAUCAAAGAGGGAAUGGAUGCUGUAAUAGCUGUUGGUGGUGAUGGUUGUGAAUGGCUUCUUUUGGGAUGGAAAGCCUGUCCUGGCAAAGGCCAAGGUGAUAAAUGCAAAACUGCCCUUGGGUUGAUUCCACUGGGAACUGGAUCUGAUUUUGCAAGAACUUUUGGACUGAAGAAAUACACAGAUGUUGGUGUGACUAGUCAACUAGGUUCCAAACAUCAUUACUUCUUGAAUGUUGCAGAUGUUCACUUGUACGUUUCAUUGAUUGAGUUUGCUGGAACUUGCACAAUUUCUAAUGAUGGCUUCAUGAUUUUUUUUGCGAAAGCACACAGAAGUGCAAAGGCCGGCUAUUAUGCUUCCAUGUAAAAAAAAUUUGGCAAUCUAUGUUAUGUUUUUGUUGCUAUGAGAGGUUUCAUUGGGCACAAAAACCGUGAUCUGAGGAUAAGGGUUGGUAACAUGUCUGAUAAUACUCACGUAGUCUGUAGUCUCAGUUAACGUUGUAUAAUUGUAUUUUUGUGCACUGUA